AUGAAGACAGAAAUCGACUACUCAGCGGUUCCAGGAACCUCGCAUUUGGUUGACUUGGACCACACCGAAGACGCUGUCGAGACUGAAAAGGGUAUUGUGCUGAUUCCUACACCUUCCGACGAUCCUAAUGAUCCGUUGAACUGGAGCAGAAGCCGUAAAUGGCUGUCCAUGUUCUGUGUGGUGGUUUACAUCUUUGGAGGUAGUGUUCCUGGAUGCUGCAUUUACUCGAUUCUGACAAAUAUUGCUGCUGAUCCAGACAUCGACAUCACCGUCGAUCAGCUCAACGACGGUACCGGGUACAGUUUUCUGUUCUUGGGUAUUGGAAAUCUCAUCAUGAUGCCUCUUGCUCAACAGUACGGUAAAAGACCUGUUUAUUUGGUUUCUUUGCUGGCAACUGUAAUGUUCAAUUUAUGGCAGCCGUACGUCCAUUCUAACGGACAAUGGAUUGCUUCCAAAAUUUUGAAUGGAGUUUUCUUCGCUCCAGUCGAGUCUCUACCAGAGAUCACUGUGGGUGACCUCUUCUUCGAGCACGAAAGAGCCACCUACAUGGGUGUCUACAGUGUUGCUCUAUUUGGCUCCAACUACAUGGCUCCUAUGCUUGCUGGAUUCGUGAACGACGGUUUGGGAUGGAAAUGGGUCAUCUGGAUGGCCUGUAUCUUUGGAGGUGCGUGCUGGGUGUUCUUAGCUCUUUUCAUGGAAGAGACCAACUAUACUAGAAAACUCAGAGUUAGACGUGAUGAAACGGGAAGCAUCGUUGCAGCCAUCACCAGCCGCGGCGAAAAGAGACUGGACGAAAAGAACCCAGACACUUUGAUGGUGGUCACCAGCAACGAGAUCGGUAACCAGGCCGCUCUUAUUGACGAGCAGGUCGAGUACCCACCGAUCAAGACUUUCUGGCAGAAACUUUCUGUCACGUCCGGAAUGAGACCAGAAAAUCACCUGUGGGACGAAAUCAAGGCUAUCUUUUUGAUGGCUCAGUUUCCAGGUGUUCUCUAUGCAGGUUUCCUGUACGGAGCUGCGCUUUUCUGGUAUUCUGUUUUGAACGGUACCGAGGCCCUGAUUUUGGGUGACGAACCUUACAACUUUUCUUCUGCAAUGUGCGGUCUCGCUUAUCUGUCUCCGGUGAUAUUCUGCUUGGUGAUCUACCCAUACUGUGGCUGGUCUACUGAUUGGGUCAAGAUCCACUUUGCCAAGAAGCACAACGGAGUGUCGCAGGCAGAAGACCGGUUCUGGGUGCUGCCUGUUUACAUGAUUCUGGGCCCGGCAGCACUUAUCCUUUGGGGAGUCGGUGCAGCCAAGGGAGUCCACUGGUUUGGUGUGGUGUUCGGUUUAGGACUCAUGGCUGGUCUCUGUACCAUUGGCUGUGUUUCCGCUGUCACCUACAUUCUUGACUCUUAUGAGCACAUGAGCGCACCAGCUAUCACGGUUGCUAUCUUGAUCAGAAAUACGAUGAACUUCGCAAUGGACUACGGCAUCACUCCGUUCGUCACCAACGUCGGGGUGCAAAACUGUUUCAUUGCGUCUGCCUUCAUCUGUCUCUUCUGUAUCGGUACGUUCUUCGUGAUGAUCUUCACCGGCUACUACUGGAGAAACAAGACUAAGGAACGGUACUGGAAGAUCGUGGAAACUUACCGCGCUAAAGUGGUCGAUAGGACUCUUGAACGACUUGGAAACCACAUGCACGGCGGCAUUUGGAAUGCUGUUGAAGUAAUCUAUCAAGGUGUCGGAGAAAAUGGAAGGUCCCGUGAACGAGAUCGUAGGCUCUCCUGUAGCGUCUGUGUCCUGGAAGGCCUUUUCCCAGUCGAUCUUGGCAAACUUCUUGCGCUCGUGGAGAGCAAUGUAGGAGAUACGGGAGAUCAGCUUGGCCAAGAAGGGAUGCUUGGAUCUAGACUGGAACACAGAAGUCGAGAAAGUGAGUCUUCUGUUGAGCCACUUAUUCCAGUCCUCCUCGUUCACGUCGCCAAGAAUGCCAACGAAAACUCUACCAAACAUCAUCCGUGGACGGUACCAGUCUUUGAUUGGAAUUUGGGGCUCCACAUCGAUAUCUGCCGGAGUUCGAUGGCCAUUGGAUCGUUGACGUUCUUCUUCACAGAAGCAAUCUGUUCCUUGGAAUGUGCCUUGGCAAUCUCCCUGGAAGGCUUUGGACCCGAUGUAGCGACCUGGAUCAGAACAUCCAGGAACAAGAUAGCCGCUAUUGCGACCAAGAUUGUAUAUUUGUACGCAGACGCGUACGAUCUGGCGGAUCCCAGAAAAGAGGACACUUUCAGAGACACCAUGAAAGAAUGA